AUGGAGACUACGAAUAAAUUUGUCCCAGAAUAUAGACGUACAAAUUUCAAAAAUAAAGAACGUUUUUCAGCUGAUGAAUUACGUCGUCGUAGGGAUACUCAACAAGUCGAAUUGAGAAAGGCUAAGAGAGAUGAAGCAUUGGCUAAAAGAAGAAAUUACAUCCCACCUGCAAAUGGUGCAGAUUCUGAAGAUGAAGAUGAUGCAUCUGCAUCUGCAGACCAACAAUUUUAUGCUCAAUUACAACUAGAAUUACCUGAAAUGAUUCGUCAAAUUCAAUCCCCGGACAUGCAGGAACAGUUAGCAGCCACCGUAAAGUUUAGACAAAUUUUGUCACGAGAACAUAGACCUCCAAUUGACAUUGUUAUUCAAUCAGGCGUCGUUCCAACUUUGGUAAAUUAUAUGAAUGAAAACCAACCUGAAAUGUUACAAUUAGAAGCAGCAUGGGCAUUGACCAAUAUUGCAUCAGGUACAUCCGCUCAAACAAAAGUUGUUGUCGACGCAGGAGCAGUUCCACUUUUCAUUCAAUUACUAUACACAGGUUCAGUGGAAGUUCAAGAACAAGCAAUUUGGGCUCUUGGUAAUGUUGCAGGUGAUUCAACAGAUUACAGAGAUCGUGUACUACAAUGUGGUGCGAUGGAACCAAUUUUGGGUCUUUUCAAUACUAAUAAAACCUCAUUAAUUAGAACUGCAAUCUGGACACUUUCAAACUUAUGCAGAGGUAAAAAGCCACAACCCGAUUGGUCGAUAGUUUCACGUUCAUUGCCAACGUUGGCCAAAUUAAUCUAUUCGUUGGACACUGAAACUCUAAUUGACGCAUGCUGGGCAAUCUCUUACCUAUCAGAUGGUCCUCCAGAAGCCAUUCAGGCAGUUAUUGACGUCAGAAUCCCCAAGAGAUUAGUUGAAUUACUAAACCACCAAUCAACUUUGGUUCAAACUCCUGCGCUGAGAGCUGUUGGUAAUAUUGUAACGGGUAACGAUUUACAAACCCAAGUUGUCAUUAAUGCUGGUGUAUUGCCUGCAUUGAGAAACCUUCUAGGAUCACCAAAGGAAUCAAUCCGUAAAGAAGCUUGUUGGACAAUUUCUAAUAUUACAGCAGGUAAUACAGAGCAAAUUCAAGCUGUUAUAGAUUCAAAUAUGGUCCCACCAUUGGUCAAGUUAUUGGAGACAGCUGAUUAUAAAACAAAGAAAGAAGCUUGUUGGGCGAUUUCCAAUGCUUCGUCUGGUGGUUUACAAAGACCUGAAAUUAUUAGAUAUUUGGUUUCACAAGGUUGCAUAAAACCAUUAUGUGAUCUGUUGGAAAUUGCAGAUAAUAGAAUUAUUGAAGUGACACUAGAUGCUUUGGAGAAUAUCUUAAAGAUGGGUGAAGCUGAUAAAGAAGCUCGUGGUCUUAACAUCAAUGAAAACGCCGAUUACAUCGAAAAGGCAGGUGGUAUGGAAAAGAUCUUCAACUGUCAACAAAAUGAAAACGAUAAGAUUUACGAGAAGGCCUACAAAAUCAUUGAGACUUAUUUCGGUGAAGAAGACGAUGCCAUUGAUGAAAGUAUGGCUCCACAAACAGCUGGUAACACUUUUGGCUUUGGAUCUAACGUUCAACAACAAUUUAAUUUCAAUUGA